GGAUUGAAUUUUCUGAUAUAAUUACUAUAUGUAAAUAAAUUAUUAAUUACUUUUUUUUAAAUUUUAAAUUUGAUAAAUUAAGCAUACAAUUUUUUUUACACAUAUCCAAUGUAUCAAUAAUAGGUGUAAAUAUACAAUUUUUACACAUAUCAUUAAUUGGCUACUCCCAAUUAUUGAUUGUUAAAACAUUUUAAAUGGAUAAAGAUUUGAAUGUUGGACACAAUUUAUUUCCAUCUUGGUUGAAAACUUCUUCUAAAGAUAAUAAUGGAAGUGUUAUAAGUUCAAUAUCAGACUCAAAUAGUGAUACAUCCAUUUUCUUCAAAUCAAAUCAAUAUUCUCAAAAUUCCAAUAUUAAAAAUGAAAAUUAUGUAUAUAACAAUAAAAAAUUUGAUUCAUCCUUAUCCUCAAAAGUAUUUAAUUCAAAGUUCAAUAAUAUUUAUUCUGAAGAUAAGGGACUUAAUAAUAUAAAAUAUAACAAUAAUUAUAUAAGCAAAUAUACACAUCCUAGCAGAGGAAGUUAUUUGAAUAGAAAUCCAUCCUUUGACAAUAAAUUUGUUAAAAAUACCUAUGAUUAUUCAAACUAUUAUAAUGAUGAUAAAAUAUAUAACAAUAACACUAUUAAACAUUCAUCACUCCAUCUUGCAAACAAUUUAAACAGAUUAAAGUUGACUAGUGAAAUUUCUAGCAAAAUUUAUCAACCACCCCAAAACUAUGAAAGUAAUAUAAGCCAUGAAAGAGUUAGUUAUGCUAAUAAUAUAAAACCAUGGCAUCACACUAAUUUAAGCAAUAAUAACACUGUGUUUGCUAACAAUUAUUCCAACAGUUAUAAUAAUAAUUAUGGAUAUUCAAAUAAUUACAACUCCAGGAAUAUUCUAAAUGAAUCCACAUAUAAUUCUGUCACUAGUGCUCCAUAUAAAUUUAGGUUUAAUAAACCUAUAUUAAAUUCAGGUGCUUAUUCUCAAACCAAUAAAAAUGACUUUGAUGACUCAUAUGAAAAUACCAACACAUUGUGUAAUGGUACAUCCACUAACACAUAUUCUUACAAUAAUCCUAACAAUGUGGAUAAUGGAUUUGGGGUGAAAUAUACUGAAUGGGAUAAAAAUAACUAUAACACAAGCAAAAAUGGCUAUAAUUACUCCACAUCAUAUUACAAUCCUGGUACAAACAACCAUCAACAAUAUUACAAAAAUGAUUGGAAGACUAAUAUAGUUAACAACAUUAGUAAUGGCUAUAUCGACAACAAUCAUUCCUCUUGGAAUAAUAAUGACUCAGCAUUCAAUAAUCUAGAUGGCCCUUACAAAGCGGAUGAUGUCCUUAAAUAUUCAACCCCUACUGAAGAGCAUUUAAGCAAUGAUGAUAGAUAUCAAAACAAUAACUAUGACAAAACCCCAAACGAAGCCUACAAAAAUGGCGACCAGGAUGAUUCACGGGACGACUCGCUGGAAGCCGAACACAAGCUCCUCAAGGCGAUGGGUUGGAAUGGGUCCGCUUUCCGUGACGUGGAACCGUUGAGCCGCGACGAGGUCGAAGAGUUUUUCAAAGAUACGGCUAAUAAAUAUGGGACUUCCGUUCUUACGAAUAACACCACACUCUCCUCCGCUUCCACUCAGUUUUUCAAUAAACGCUAAAUAAAUAUAUUAUAAAAUAAAACACGAAAUCGUAGAAAAAAACACGGGAAACAAAAUAAAAAAACCCCGCCUUUAUAAUUUUUAUUUAUAUUAUAUUAUUUAACAAAAAUAAAAAAAAACAAAAUUAAAAAUGUGAUAAUUUGAUUUUUUUAAAAAUUUACUAUUGUAUAUAUUAUAUUUUUAUUUUUUUUGCAGCCGAUGAAUUAUGUAAUUUUGUAUAUUUUAGGAUUUAAUUUUUUUUUUAUUUUAAAUUUCACCUUAUAAAUAAAAUAUAUAAAUAUAUUAUUUUAAAUAAAUAAUUAAUAUAAAAUAUAAAUAAUUUGUAAUAUUUUUUCUGAUCACUUCCUUCCUUUCAGUUUUAUCAUUAUAUAAAUUAUAUAUAUUUUUUAAAAGUGUAUUAUAUUAAUUUUUUUUCCCCCCAUUUUUUUUAGAUUUCUUUUUACGAACGCGACAAUAUUAAUAUUUUUAUUAUCUUUAUUUUUAACAGAAGUAGAGAAAGGGGGAAAAAAUAAACAUUACAGUUAUCAGUAAA